UUUCCUCCUUUAACUCGUCGCAGGUAUUGCUCAGGGAGUGGAAGCAGUUAAAGGGGCCAGGCAGGCAGGCAGGCAGGCUGCUCCCCCCCCCCUCCAGCCGCCCUGUGAUAUGCCAAGCACAGGGUGACGCAAAGGCUGGCAGACGCCAGCUCCACAAGCCAUUUGCACCUGCGUAAGAGGAACAAGCGGAGCCUGAGCAGCAGCCGCAGCCACCGAGGCGGCACCUCGCGCUGCAGCCGCCCCGAGAGAGGCUCCCCGCGGCCGCCGCCCUUUCCUCCCUCCUUCCGCCGCCGCCGCCUCCUUUCCUCGCCCAUCCUCCGACCCACGGAGAGAGCCCAGCCGGGAUGUCUUCGCCGCCGGGUCGCCCCAGCUUCUCCGGGGAGCACUGGGUUGGCGACGGCGCCGAGGACGAGAGCGCGGCCGCCAGAGCUCCGGCGAGGCGCGGCGAUGGCGAAGGCGCAGGGGCAGCGGCGUUCGGCUUCUCCAAGGAACCUCCGCCCGUUUCCAUGGCGACUGCAUCCACAGGAGGCAUGGCGGCUUCUCACUUCUAUGAUUACAGUUCUUCCAAGACAUCAGAAAGGGGCAAUGGCUCCCUUUACACUUCCCUGAUUUCUGAUGACUUCUAUGCAUCUCAGGAUUCCUCUUACUUCACCGGCAACCUGCCCAAAGCGGGCAGCCAGGUUACGACUUCAGACAGCACGGAAGGAUUUCACACCCAGGACGGGACCGCGUUCGAGUCCCGUGGCCUGUUUAGCUCCGAUUCGGGGAUAGAGAUGACCCCGGCAGAAUCCAGCGACGUCACCAAAACCUUUGCUGAUCCCAUGGAGCAGAUGAAGUCGGACGCUUAUAAAUACAUGGACAUCAGUCGAUCGGAAGAGAUCAAAUGUCAAGAGAGGUGUGACACAGGCCUGGGAGAUGUGGGGCCUCCGAGCUUGAGUAAUAAAUGCCUGGAGGAUACUGCUGGACCUAAAGGGACAGUUUUUGAGAGAAAACCUGGGGCCAAAGAGCCAGGCUUAUUUGAGGGGUCAACUUUUCCAUCCGAGACGUUUGGGGACCAGCAACGCCACCCCACGGUAACAGCGCCCGUCAAGAUUACGCUGACUGAGAUAGAAACCUUAGAGGGGCCUGUUGCGAAGGAGAAAACCCCAGAAAAGCAAGAGGCAGGCCUCAAACCAAGCCACGAAGUGGUUCCCACGGUGACGGUGUCCGAGCCAGAAGAUGAUAGCCCAGGCUCUAUUACACCACCUUCUUCAGGGACAGAAGCUUCUGGCGCAGAGGCCCAAGGUAAGGGGAGCCUGUCUGAAGAUGAGCUCAUCAGUGCCAUUAAAGAAGCAAAGGGCUUUUCCCACGAACACCCAGAAGGCCAGAGGUCCCCAGCUGUAGCGCCAGACAAGCAAGGUCCUAAAAAGAAGGUUCCGGAAUUUGCAGCCGGCGGCCCUCCUGGAGACAACGAAGGGAGCAGCGCCGAGUCUGGCGACUCCGAGAUAGAGCUGGUCUCAGAAGACCCGCUGGCCGCUGAGGAGGUUCUCCACUCCAAUUACAUGACCUUCAGUCACGCCGGGGGCCCACCUCCCUCCCCGGCUUCUCCUUCAAUACAGUACAGCAUCCUGAGAGAGGAGCGCGAGGCCGAACUGGACAGCGAGCUCAUCAUCGAGUCGUGCGACGCCUCGUCGGCCUCUGAGGAGAGCCCGAAGCGGGAGAACGACUCGCCCCUGAUGAAGCCCGUCAUUAUGGACAUCAUCCAAGAGGAGAGCCACUCCAGGAACGAGAACAGGGCUUCAAAUUACAACGUAAGCAACUUGAAGGAGAGCAGGAUGAACAGGGAGAAUCUCGCAGACUCUGCCGCCUACCUGAAGUGCUCCUUCACCUCGCCCAAAGCGAACCCUGACCCAACGCUUGCUUCGGCUGCUAGCGCCGAAGAGACAAAGGACAAAGUAGCAGAGAAGAAAUCAGCCGAGGCGGCAGCAGCUGUUGCCGCAAACAAACCAUCGUCCAAAGACCCGGCGGCAAGGAGUCCCUGGCCUUCCCCUCCGCUCCCGUUUCUAAAUAAGCAGAAAGGCGACACUGGAGAUCGUACAUAA